UCUGCCCCCUCUCUCUCCCCCUCUCUUCCUCUCGCUCUCCCUCUGCCUCUCUCUCUCUCUCUCUCUCUCUCUCUCUCUCUCUCUCUCUCUCUCUCUCUCUCUCUCUCUCACUCUCUCUCCCUCUCUCUCUCUAUCUCUCUCUCUCUCUUUCUCUCUCUCUGCCUCUCUCUCCCUCUGCCCCUUACCUCUCAGUCUUCUCCCUCUUCUUUCUUUAUCUCUCUUUAUCCGCCCCUCCCUUCCCUCUCUCUCUGAGCGUUCCUAAAUCCUCGGGUUAUUCCGUUUCUCUGUCCAGGACAGGAGCAGCCACCGCCACCAACAAAGAAGACGGAGUAUAAUAACAGGAAGUGAGUAAGGGGAAGUGAGCAGUGACCUGUGUGGUCACGGCAACCAGAAGACAUCCUCCACUUGAAAGCAGCUCAGUGAAUAUCGUGGUUCUUCCUGAGCGCUUGACCGGGCACUGGGAGAGAAACACCAGGCAAGAACUCUACAAACACAGAAUGCUCCAGAAGGCGAUGUAUGCGGUCCCGGUGCUGAGGGCAUCCGCCGCCCUGACGCUGGUGUUCCUUGUCGCGGCGCUCGCCCAAUGGGAGGGCGUGCCCUCUGACCCCUCCUCUGUGGCGGGAGGCGGGGAUGGGAGAGGGGGCGGCAUGAGGGAGAUAGUGAGGAAGGAGAGACUCCCGUACCGCACGCGGCAGAAGAGAGCGUGGAUCUGGAACUCCUACUACGUGACAGAGGAGUCGGAGAUGAUAAGCCCCAAAAAGAUAGGAAAGCUCAAGUCCAGCAAGACGGCAGACGGGACGACAUUCAAGCUCAGGGGCGACGGUGCAAACUCCAUCUUCACAGUGAACAGGAACGGAGACCUGUUUGUGAUCAAGACCCUGGACAGGGAGGAGAAGAGCAUGUACAACCUGACUGCCCUGCUGUACGACGGGAGAGACCAACUGGUGGAGGACGCGGGGGAGUUUGUGGUCCAGGUCAACGACAUCAACGACCACAUCCCCGUCUUCCCCAGGACCUACAACGAGUCCAUCCUGGAGCGCUCGGGGAUAGGGGCUAAGGUGGUGCAGGUGACGGCCACGGAUGCUGACGACCCCAGCACGGUGCACGCUGAGCUGCGCUACUCCCUCCGGCCCGAGGGCGAGCGCUCUGCCUUUGAGAUCAACAUCAUCACAGGUAUGAUCACUUCCAGGGUGGACACGUUGGACCGGGAGGACAAGAGCCAGUAUGUACUGGUGGUCCAGGCAAAGGACAUGAGGGGCAUGACAACGGGAACCACAGCAACGACCUCGGUCACCGUCACCAUCACCGAUAUCAACGACAACAUGGCCUCUUUCACCCAGGACACAUACGAUCUCAGCGUGCCGGAGAACCAGAGGCUGGAGGAGAAGAUCGGGACUCUGACUCUGGACGACCGGGAUGAGAUCCAGAACAAAGAGCCUGUGUUCACCAUCCAGCCGAACCUUAGCAGCCAGUUUGCCCUCGCCCGCAGCCUGCAGAAGGACGGCCACCUUAUGCUCAAAAAGGCCUUAGACUACGAGACCAAGAGCAGUUACAGCUUCAUUGUGGAUGUGCACGAGAACAGCCUGCAGUUCCCCGCUGACAACAAGGACGUCUCCAUCACCAAGGCCAGGGUGAACAUCAGGGUGCUGGAUGUGGAUGAACCGCCCGUCUUCUCAAAACCCAGCUAUGCAUUCAGUGUGAUGGAGGAAGAAAUGGCAACCAACAUCGGCAUCGUCAGUGCCACAGACCCCGACCAAGCCAAUAAGGCCAUGCGGUACUCUGUGGAGGACCAGGAGUGUCCUGUUGGUGUGAACCCUGUCACCGGCCAACUGUUCAUUUUGAGGAAGCUGGACCGAGAGCUGAGGACGACACACAUCUUCCAAGUCAGAGCCCAGGAAGAGCCAAGUGGGCUGCACUCCUUGGUCAGAGUCAACAUCUCUGUUCAGGAUUUGAACGACAACGCUCCGGAGCUGGUCUGGGACGACAUCUUUGUUUGUGAGAACGACAUGGCGGGAACGGUAAUCGGGAGGUUAAGUGCCACUGACAGGGAUGAGCAGGUUGCCUAUUUCCACUACUCUCUGGUCAAUCCCAGUGACAACUUCACCAUCACAAAGAACGCCUCAGACAACACCGCAGUGAUCCUGGUGAGACAGGGCACCUUCCGCCUGGACGACCCCAGAGACUACACCCUGGGGGUCCGCGUGGACGACGGAGGGCGACCGCCGAGGAGCAGCGUCAUGCACGUGCCCAUCAAGGUGUGCCGCUGUGAUUCCCGGAGGAUACACACCCAGUGUAAAGCUGCUGCUCUGCGGAUGGGAGUCAGCAUCCAUGCUCUCAUUGCCAUUCUGGUCUGCAUCCUCACCAUCCUGGUCAUAGUUAUCCUGGUGGUGAUGAGGAGGCGUUUCCAGAAGGAGUCUCUGGCCAGCAUGAAGCACAGCGGGGAGAUCCAUGAGCAGCUGGUCACCUAUGAUGAGGAGGGCGGAGGGGAGAUGGACACCAAUGGCUACGACGUGUCCAUCCUGACGUCCGCCCGCCACGACGGCUCCCUGCUGCUCCACCCGGACCAUGGGAUCCACCCCUCCCUUUACGCCCGGGUGCAGAAGCAGCCCUGUGGACAGCUCCACCAGCAGCACCACCCACUGCUGCCGCCCCACCUCCUCCCCCCCCCCCAGCCGCCGGCCGCCUGCAAGGGCGACAUGGCUGUGAUGAUCGAGGCCAAGAAGGACGAGGCAGAUGCGGACCGCGAGGCCGUGCCCUAUGACACGCUGCACAUCUACGGCUACGAGGGCGGCCCCGGAUCGCUGGCCGGCAGCCUGAGCUCCUUGGAGAGCUCCUGCUCCUCCGCCGGCUCCGGGGGCCCCGAGUACGACUUCCUCAGCGACUGGGGGCCGCGCUUCAGGACCCUGGCUGAGCUGUACGGCGUGGACGAGCUUGAGGCCUACCUCCCCUACUGAGGGGGGCGCAGGAUACCCGCCCUCGUCCUCAGAUGAACCUUGAUGUCGAAACACACACACACACACACACACCACAUAGCUAUUAACACUCAAACACUCAAACGAAACUCAGUAACACUAAAAUCUCUCUCAAAACACACACACACACAUAGCAUGUCUGACGCUUGGUUGCACAGAAGCAUAGUAGCCAUAUUUGAUGGUAUUAUUCUUUAAUCUCUUCCCUUUGUCAUAGGGAGGAGGUGGUAAGAGCUAUCGGCUAUCACUGCCUAUAAAUAGUGUUCCAGCUUCUGAGAAAUGAAGGAGAGUCCGUGUGAUGCAGACGGAUUUGUUCUUUCCACUGUAGAUACUCAUGCUCUUAGUGUGUGUAGGCUCCCCAAAGCCACCAUAAACCAGUGUCACCACAGCCCAACCAGCGAUACACAAGAGAUUAGGCUAUUAGAACAUCUUUGCCUCCCCUUUCGAUGAAAUGCCAACCUGUGUAAAUCUCGAUGAAAUGGAAAGAGGUUGCAGUGGUAUGAUAUCAUCGAGGAACUGGAGCAAGACUCACACUUUUGUCCAUCACAGUCCAUCCUUCUGUAAGGUCUUUCCCCCUCUUCCGUGGGCCAUAACAAUCUAUUGUCUGCUUGGAGGUUGCCAUCGGGUGUGAGCCCUGAAGUCCAAGCUCUCCAUUUCCUCUGAUUCCGUUCUGUCCUCAGCAGGUGCGUAGAGCUGCUGUAGAGAGCAUAAAACACAGAACAAAAUCAACAAAAAAACCUACGCUGUCUUGUGCCAUAUCCGAACUUGAGGUUGACUAUGAUAUUGUAUGGAAAUAUGUUAUUAAGUAUUAUUGCAAUUGAAAAUAUUGGCAGUAAUCAAACAGGUUUUGUUUGGUUGCUACUUGUUUUCUUAGUUAUUCGGUUUCUGACUUCCACCUUUUCUUCGUGAAUGUGAGUGGAAGGGUUUUGUUUGAAACAGAACUGUGCUAGCGGGUUGUUAAACAAAGACACCUGAGCUAUUUUGAUCGCAUCACGUUGAAAUUAAUUUUUACAACGAAGAAAAACUUGUCAUGUCAAAUAAACUACAAUCGGAGCACAGGCUUAGCUUUGUGGACAGACAGACAGGGAAGCAGUGUGUUACACACUGCACACACAUGCACACUGCCUAGACAAGCAGACAGACGGGAGCGAUGGAAGCUGGAUUCUGUCAGGCCCAUGAGAAAAGUCAUUAAGACAAGUCAGGAAGCCCGGCUUCAGAAAAAAAAGCUUUUUGGGAUGUUGUGGUUGCCCCGAGGUCCGGGAGGGCUCUGUACAGCUCUGAGGUGGUGUGGAUAUGCCUAACCUUGCUUCCUUUCUGCUACUGUCGCUGAAACAUCUGUCAGCAUGUGAUGGGCUGUAGUGAGUCCUGGAGCCAAGAACUAAUGACCAAACUUAAUGCUGAUGAUCAUCAUGUAGUUGGAUUGAGUUUAGGUUCAUUUUAUUUAGUUCCUUUGACUUUACCAUAUUUAGUUUUGUUUACCUUCCUUUACCUUGGCAAGUAUGUCAAAAUAGUCAAAAUAGUCAUAAUACUCCAUUCUAUGCCUUGAGGGUUUUUUGUGCUCGGCCUGAAAUGUCAAAAGAUUUGUCAACAAAUGAGCCGAAAGUAUGGCACACUUAUUUUUUCAUUCAUUGUUCAAAGUUUGGAAAAUGUGGUUAGAGCUUCUUUUGUUUUUGUUCUGCUGUUGGACUCGACUGUGUUUUUUGAAACGCUGGAAUGACGUUUGAUUACCGGUGGAGACAAUAGCUGGAAACCAUAUUUUUUUCUCCUGUUGGCUACAUAUACAACCCACCAACACUAACACACACACACAUGUGCAUGAACACUCAGGCACACACGGCCUCACACAAACACACACACAUAAUGCAAAAACACACAAUCUCCCUCUCUCUCUCUCUCUCUCCCACUCUUUUACUCUUUUCCCUCUCUUCCCUCUCUUCCUCAUACACCCUGUCUCACACACCUCGUCUCUCCCCUCUCUUCCUCAUACACCCUGUCUCACACACUGUGUCUCUCCCCUCUCUUCUGCCUCCCUCUAAUCAACUAAAGCAAACAACUUAAACCACUUCCUGUCCAUCUGGAGGUUGGACCCACCUCUUCCUGUCUCCAUUAUCACUCCUGUGAGCAAACAACACAUUGUGCUCACUUCCUCUCGACUUGGCUUGGGAAACAACAUUCAGAGAGAGAGAGGGGGGGAGGAAGAGAGAGAGAGAGAGAGAGAGAGAGAGAGAGAGAGCGAGAGGCAGGGAGAGAGGGAGGGAGGGAGAGGGAGCCAGCGAGAGAGAGAGAGUUAGCAAUAUUGACUUGAAAUGAUUUUACCAUCUACCGAAACUAAGAGACAUUGGACAAAAUCUUGGCGUUAGGAAUCAGCGGAAAAUAAUGGGUGCCAUUGAGGAUGGAUGCCUCCACCUGUUUCAUCACACCAAGCAAUACAGAUAACUGGUAUUCAAACUUGCACCUUUGGUGAUUGUUUGGAAGAGAGGAAUUUAUCAUAACCUAUUGAAUCUUAGGGUAUUUAAUUUUUUGAUAUUUUUUUCAUGUCAAAGGCUUCUGGAAUCCUGGUUUCUGCUGAUAGGUGAUUUUGGGUUAGUUAUGAUAUUUUAAUAUUGGUUCAGCUUUGUUAUAAAAACAGUAAAUGUCUACUCGUGGGUCUUUUCCUGGAUCAACAGCGGAGGGGUGGAGAGCAGAGGGAGGGAGGCUUGAUUGGACCAAUGACAUCAUCUCACAGUGACAUCACUCUUUCCAUUUCAUACCGGCCUCAUCGUGUAUUUUGAACUGCAUUGAGACGGUAUUCUGAUCAUAUGGAACUUUUUUUUUCUGAUCAUAUGGAGUGGUUGAGUAUUGUUGCCAAUGUUUAGAUCCCAAUUUUCUUUAUGAAAUAUACUUGAAUAUUUUUAUAUUGUAAAAUGUGUAAACUUUACUUCUAUUUUGAAAUCUAAAAAAAAUGGAGAAGAAAAAUCCCCAAAAUCUCUUUUUGUACCAUGAACAUUCAAAUGUGCCAUCAUUGUUGCAUAAUAUGUAUUGACUUUCUGAGAUUUCCUCUGUUUAAAUUAUGUUAAGUUGAGUUUAGUUUUCAAUUGUUUUUUACCAUGCUUUUAUUCAAGCUCUUUAACCCAUUGGCUUGAUUAUAUUAACAAUUGCGACUGAAGGCCGAUCUCACAGUUAAUGCAAAACACAAUUAACACUGAAAUUUUUGAAGUUAUUUGAUAUAUGAAACCUCUCUAAUUCUCUACUAAGUUAUUACAAUUAUAAUUUGUUGCCUAAUGGUUUGAAAUGCAAUAUGAUUAUAAACAUGUUCAUGCAUGAAACAAACAUACCUCUCUCAAUAUCGUAAUCUUCCUGUAUCAUCUCCCAUACAGUAAAUGUGGUAUCAGUGCUUUCAGAAUGCCAGUAGAAACCAGCUUGCAUAAAAAACUAUGAGCUACUUUCCUGCUUUCUAAGGUGCCUCUUGCAGCAUGAGCAGAAAUGAUGCAACCUAAUGCAAAAUAAGGCCAAGGUUCAAUCUUUUGCGCCUGUGACUGCAAAGGACAGAAGAGAGCUGAGGUUUCACCAGACAUUGACGUGCAUCUAAUUGUCAUCCCUCAGCACACUGCCAGACCAUUAACCGUUAACCAGAGACUCAAUUGAUGUACCCAUUCUACCCAGUGUGGUGUCACUUCGAGACAUACAGUACGGACCCAUGAAGCAACUAUUAGCUGUAGAUGAUGAAAUGUUGUAUGUGUGUGUGUGUUAUUGUGCGUGUGUGUGUGUGUGUGUGUGUGUGUGUGUGUGUGUGUGUGUGUGUGUGUGUGUGUGUGUGAAUACACAGAUACAUACAUCAAUAUAUUCCAUGUGACCAAGAGGACUUUGUGAGUGAUAGAUAUUGGUUGUCAAACACCAUAUCAAGAUGAAAAUGUGCCUCAUGGAAUAUUGAUUCUGGCUUCAACUUUUGUUUGUGAGUAGAAGUAAUCAUUAUUAUGUAAUGUUGAAUAAUGAAUUCAACAUUUUCAAUUUACAUUUAGGGCAUUUAGCAGAUGCUUUUAUCCAAAGGGACUUACAAUAUGUACAUUUGUCAGCAUCCAAAGCGACUUACAUAAAAAAAUAUUAAUCUUGAUAUAUGUUAAGGUAAUAAGGUAAGGAAAGGUUGAAACACUUAGAAAUUUAAUUUAAAACCAAGAAAGUUGAGAAAAAUAUGGUGUUUAAAUAGCGUUUCCAGUAGAAUGUAUGAUUCCCUGUUCUCUGUAUAUUUGUGUGUGUGGUGUCUGUUUGUAUUAACCAUCAUUUGUACACACCCAACAGGUUUCACUGCAGCACACAAGUUAGCCCAAACACCAAGCCAAUCUUUUUUUAUUCCCAAUGUACAGUAUGAAAGCAUAUUUAAGAAAUGCAACACGUGCCUUUAUUGUUGUUAUAAAAUACUGUUUGUCCUUUUUAUUGGUGAACACAAUGUUUUCUAUCUUGUUUUUAUGGUGCAUAAAUACUUUCUAUUAACAGAAUUUAUUUGUAUGUGUACAAUAAACAUUAUCUCCCUAAUAGUAUUUCACUGUUGUCGUUGCCAUACUGCCAAAUUUUUAUUAAAAAUAGCCAAAGUGGAUAA